CCGCCUCGGUCCCUUCCAGCCUAUCCUGCAGGGCUCUCCGCGCUCGCCCCGCCCGGGGACGGGAAGGCGCUCGGCGCUUCCGCCCACAGGCCGCGCCGGGCGGAAGCAGCGGAGCGGAGCAGGCAGGGUUCGGGGGCGAGCGGUGGGACAGGCCCGGCCGUGCUUGGCCGUUGUGAAGAGCUGAGGGUGAAGGCGCAGCCUCCUUGAGGCGCUUACCGCAGACGCAUCCUUCGCUACCCGCUGUCGGCGGCACAAUGUCGGCCCACCCGAGGAGCUACAACCCCUUCGCCGAAGAGGAAGAGGAGGAGGAGGUGUCGUCGUGGUCGGCGAAGGGCAGCGGUGAGGCGGGCUUGGCCGACCGGCAGCGGUACCUGCAACAGGAGGUGCUGCGCCGCUCCGCCGCCACCGUCGACAGCACUGCCCGCUCCCUCUCGCUCCUCUACGAGUCGGAGCAGAUCGGCGUGGCCGCCUCCGAGGAGCUGGUACGUCAAGGAGAGGCGCUGAAGCGCACGGAACAGAUGGUAGAUAAAAUGGAGCAGGACUUGAAGACUAGUCAGAAGCACAUAAAUAGCAUUAAGAGUGUUUGGGGGGGCUUGGUAAACUACUUCAAAGCCAAACCUCCAGAGAACAAGCCAGAGCAGAAUGGAACCCCUGAAUAUUCUGCUAACACAAGAUUAAAAGAAGCAAUGCUGUCUAGUAAAGAACAAGAGUCAAAAUACCAGGAAAGUCACCCAAACUUAAGGAGGCUGGAUAAUUCAGACAAUGAUUUUGGCAAAGCAGAUUCAGUGUCCUCAGUGCAGAGAGACUCCUACCCGAAGAACCAACAUCUACGAGCUUACCACCAGAAAAUCGAUAACAACUUAGAUGAGAUGUCUUCUGGGUUGAGUCGUCUGAAGAACCUAGCUCUUGGUCUGCAGACAGAGAUAGAUGAGCAGGAUGAAAUGCUGGAUCGGCUGACCAGGAAAGUAGAGACGCUGGACGUCAACAUUAAAAGCACUGACAAGAAAGUCCGACAACUUUAGAGGAUUUGUAGACAUUCUCUUGUCCAGCAUCAGCUCUUCUUGGAUGUCUCCUCUCAACCAGGCCUUUAAAAAGUCCUGGACAAUAUCUGCUGGGUUUUGGUUGGGAUUUUUUUUGUCUGACAUGUUAUUGGUCUUGCUGUCAUUAAAUGCAUAACUCUCAGUGCAGCAUAAUACCUUCAACUUCUUCUUGAUGUACAGUGAGUAAAACCUCCCAGCACUUGGAAAUGCCUGGGGCUGGAAGCCCUGUGCUCAGCUGUCCAACUCAGAGUCACCUGCUGGGAGGAGUUUGCCAUCUGCAGAGCUUCAGUGUCCUUGGCCUGCUCUGAUAUAAAACGUAACUGCAUUUUUACCUCUGUUUUGAGCAGGGGGCAGGGGGAACAGAAUGUGCUGUGUGUUGUUCAGAACCAAUGUUGCUAAUUCUGUCUACCUGCAGCUGUUUUAAAUUCUGAAAAAGAUGCUGAUUUCCAGCUGGAAAAAUCAUUUGAAGUGAGCAUUCUCUGGUACUUCUGGGGCUUAAGGAACAAACUCUUCUGUGGAAGCUGUAGAAUACCAAGGGUGUUGUGCAAUAAUGAUAAUAUCCUGUGCAUGUUCCUUUCCCUAAGUUGACUUUUAGCCAAAUGGUUGAUCCACAAAUUGUGGGGUUUAUGUUUGGGUCACUAAAUGGUAUCUCCUUUCCAGUAUUCUCUGCAGGUAGUGUUGACUGACAGUGGCUCAAAAAGUUUGGGUAACAAAACCAGGACUUAAAUGUUUUAUUUUCUGCCCUUUUCUGGCUUGUUCCCUUAGAUGGCUGUUUGAAAAACAGCAGCUGUGUUAGAAAGGAGGAAUUGGGCUGAUAGUGCCCAAACAGACCAUGGGAGAUUGGGUUUUAACAUUUACUUCCAAAGAGGCUGAGGGUUGAGCAGAUGCUGUGUUGUCCUGGGUCAUGUGGCUGCUUUUAAGACACUCAGGUGUGUGUGGUUCACACACUUCUGCUUCACCUCAGUGGGUAUGAAAAGUUCUAGCACAUGAAGAAAAGCUCCAAAUGUGUUUUGAGUUUUCCAGCUAGAAGCUGACCCUUCCAAUUUGUUUCGUUCUUAUUUUUGUUCUUCUGCAGAACAAAAUACAAUUCUGCCUCAGCCUAAUAGAACAAUGAGAACUUGGUGUCUGCCUUGAAGUUCUUUUGGUUUGGAGAGGCUGAGGGACCUGUGUCAAUAUUGCAACCCUCCCUAUCACAAGCGGCAAUGGGUGGCUCAGAGCAGAUCCUUGCUUUUGUAAGCUGGUGCCGCAUUAUCUUGUGAGUUAAAGGAAGACCUUGGUGUUUAGGGCUAUCAAGCUUGUGUCCUUCAUUCACACCCUCUGCUGCUUCUUUUUUUCCCCAAGGCAUUUGUUACCUUGAGCUCACUUGCUACAAAGCACACCCACUUGUUGAGGAGAUAAAAGAAAGUUCAAGUCUCCUCUGUUUUACUGUGUCUGCUGAAAGUGCACUUGGAGACAGAUCUAUCACUCAAAGCUGCACUGCUUGCACAUGGUGUUACAUAACCAAAAAAAGCCUUCCUGGAAUCAUUAGCAAAGUAGAAAUGUGAAUUAGAUUUUAGUAAGAACCUUUCUUUGCUUUUUAAUUUUCACUUUGUGUCAUUCCUGCUCAUUUGAAACCAUAACAAACUGUAUUAACAUGUAUGUAUCAUCUAACUUUGAGUGUAUCCCACGAUUAAUUCUGGCCUCCUCUCUUGGAAUGUUUAUGAGUUACAUGAUUUGAUGUCUUGAGACAGUUGAUACAUUUCUUUAGUAAAUGAUACAGUCAUCAGCUUUCAAAAUGUUAAGUACCUUGGUGAAGGGAAAUUGGAAUUUUGAUGAUACUUGGUUUAGUUUCUUAGUUGAGUUUCUGCUUUCAUUAGAAAGACUUUUUCCUAAUGCCAGUGCUGGUUAAGACUUGCAUCUUAGAAAGGAUACAUUCAUUCUCUCCAGAACAGAGCACUGAAAAAUUGCACAGUAAUUAACUACACUUCUGAAGUGUGAAAUCUGCCUUCACCUGUAUGCAGCUAUUUCACAGCUCCAUUUUAUCCAAAGUAAGACUUUGGAUGAAUGCUGAGACUUUCUGCAUGAAGUUACAGCCAACAGAUGGAAAAUGCAGCUGGAGGAUCUGACUGUGUUGUAAUAGGAAAUGUGGAGCUUGAAUCUAAGCUAAAAAUUAGCUGAUCUAAGAGUGAAGUGUGCUGCCUCUCUGCUGGAAGCUAAUUCCUUGUCUUCAAUCUACAUGUUUUCACCAAACAAACUCAACAUUUUGGUCGACUGCUUGGUUGUAUCAGCCUUACAAAACGUUUACUGCAUCCUGGAUAUCUCUGAUGCCUUCAAAACCACAGGCAGGCAAGGGGGAUAAAAAAUGAAUCCCUGUUUCUGCUUUGAACACCUCAUGGCCCUAGCAGCCUAGAAACCCAGGAUCUCAGCCAUGUGGAAAUUAGACAGAGGUCUAACUUCCCACUUCUACCAGUCCUAGCCUCUGCCUCAGUGAUGUAUGUCUGUGCUUAUGCCUUCCUGCUCUGUUAUUUUUGGUUUGUGUUUGUGGGAGUUUGUUUUAAUGGCCUUAUUUUAAAGGAUUGUUUCCCACACUGGGUUUCUUUUGUGGGGAAUAAAAGUUUAUGCGUGAGUAUAACUGAAUUUCAGCUGCAGACUGAAUUCCCUGUCUCAGCUUUCAUACAGAUGCUUUAUGCUGAUAAAGAACUUGAGCCUAAGUAACAUGAGACAAGACUCUCUUGUAAGAGCAAUGCAUUUUUGUGCUUCCUGCAGAAAGGGGAAAUGUAAAGGGGGGAGGAAAUCCCCACAUCAUAUGAUUUUUGCCUUUCCUGGAAAUGUCAUUUUGCAUGUCUUAUGAAGGACUUAUUUCAGUAGCUUUUCUUACUGCUUCCUGAGAUCAGGGUGUUAUGUCUUGGAUAACCUUGAAAAACCUGUGUAAGGUGUAGGAAUUUCAGAAGAAACUGAAUUUGCAUUUAAAUGCUGGCUUUGAGUUAAAUGUAUCUGCCUAAAUACAUUAUGUUGGCAUAGAAAUCCCUAUUGCAGCAAAAUAACUCUGGUUAAGUUUAUUACUGGCUUGAGUAGAAGUUUAAUGUUAAGGUGAAAAGAAGGUAGCAAACAAAAAAAAGUAAUAUUUCAAGUCUUCUUUCUAAAAGGCUUAAAAGUCUUCCUGAAAGAUUUUCUCACUUCUCCAAAGUUUGCUAAGAAAUCUUGGAAGAGGUUUUAAAAGUUGGGAAGUAGCAAAUCCUUUAGAACAAAUAUAAACUAUACUCUGAAAACAGCAAGAAAAAAAAGAAAGCAAAUGGGAAUAAGCAGUGUCUGCUUGGUAGAUUCUUAGGGGUAUUUGAUUAUUUUAUGUCUCCUGAGCACUGAAUUAAAUGCUGUAACAAAUGACAUGUAGCUGAGUGUUAUGAUGCACUAUGAAGAUUUGUUGCUGUGCUGAACUCUUAAUUGUCUUGCUGAAACUGGUGUCAGGGCUGGCUUUCAUGUGUGGAAUUCAUCUGAAAUAUUUUGCUGCCUGGUAGGUUUUGUGAAGUGAUGUCAUUUGUGAAAUGGUGAAGUAGGAAGUACUUUUCCCACCACUCUGCCUUCUGAACAAACUCUUUUUUUUUAAGGUGUUUUUACAAGCAUAAUAUCAUCUAGAGGAUAUGUGUUCAUUUUGACUUGGCAAUACAGGGCACUUGAUUUUCAGAAUCACAGGCAGGGAUUAUUUGUGUCUAUGUGUCUUUUUAUUAGUAUGUUAAUUCUCUGCCCCUUUUGAUACAAGACAAACUAAAAUUAGCAGUUUCUUUUAUUUAAACACUAAACUGGACUGUAGUUCAGCAGCUUAGGAGAUGGAAUGCAAUGAGUAUUGAAUGGUAAGAUGAUCAAUAAAGAUGCUUACUGUUCCUGCA